CUGUUUGUUUGCUUUUGACAAAUUACUGCACGACACGGCAAAAGCGUCCUAUAAUUCAUGAGGAAAAUGCAUUUUUAUCACUGGAACCAGACGCGAACACGCUCAGUUCGUGAGUCUCGCGAUAUUUUCAAAUGAAAGCGCGCCACGCGGUGAUUGUACAACUUGUUUGGUAACAUAUUAUGAAACCAGCGGUGCUUGUGUCUUACCUGCAGCAGCACGCUGACUCUUGUGUGUUCCGAGCACAGCCGCCCUGCACGGUGCACAGUCUGGGUAAUAUCAUUUCAGGGUGAAGUCUUCUUCCUGCUGUAGUUGCAUCGCCGUUUUGCUUGCUCCGGCUAAAAUGCCUGAGGGACCAGAGCUCCACCUGGCCAGCCAGUUUGUGAACAAAGUGUGUGCUGGAGUGGUGUUCAGCGGUCCAGUCAUAAAAUCUGAGGUCAGCAAAAGUCCAGAUGUGUCCUUCAGCUGUGAGGCGUAUCGCAUCACAGCCGCUUCCAGAGGAAAGGAGGUGAAGCUCACCCUGACGCCCAUGAAGGCCGACGAGCCAAAACGGAGAGCGAAGGCAGGGCAAGCGGAUGAACCCAUGGACAUCGUCUUUCGCUUCGGGAUGUCGGGCUUUUUCCGCUUCACGGGAGAGGACGAGCUGCCCAAGCAUGCCCAUCUGCGCUUUUACACCAAAGAGAAGCCCUGCAGAGUGCUGAGCUUUGUGGACGCACGCAGGUUUGGCAGCUGGCAGCCCAACGGGACGUGGCAGGCGGGCAGAGGGCCGUGCAUCAUGUUUGAGUACAAAAGCUUCAGGGAGAAUGUGGUGUCACACCUUUCUGACCGCGCUUUUGAAAGGCCCAUCUGUGAAGUCCUGCUCAAUCAGAAGUACUUCAAUGGCAUCGGGAACUACCUGAGGGCUGAAAUCCUUUUCAGGUUGAAUAUCCCGCCCUUUGUCUCUGCCCGGACUGCACUGGAAGGCCUUGAGUCAGAAGAUUUAUAUGAAAACAUGAAGCCACUGAAGAAUGAGACCGCAGACAUCACGAAGGGGGUGAGGAAGAAGAAGGCGAAAGAGGAGACGGGCGACCUGCUGAGACUCUGUCAUACGGUCCCUCUGGAGGUGGUGAGCCUCGGUGGAAAAGGUUACGACCCCGAGAAGGCAGACUACUCUGCCUUUCAGGCCUGGCUGCAGUGUUACUACGUGGACGGCAUGAAGUCGCUCCGGGACCACAACGGCAGGACCAUGUGGUUCAAGGGAGAUCCUGGUCCCUUGGUACCAAAAGACUCCAAGUCACCCAGUCCAAAGAAGAGGAUAAAGAAAGAAGACCACGAUUACACGGAUAAGAAAAAGGUGGCCAAAGUCCGAUCUGGAAGCACAACAAAGAAAAGCACCAUCAAACGGGAAAGCGUGACCAAGACGCCCAAGAAAGAAAAGAAGGAUGCUGACAGACGGAAAACCAAACCGACCAGGAAAAAGACUCCGGGAGCAAACGCACCACAACAGGAAGCAAAAUCUGGCGAGCGGAGGAGGAAAACCAGCAGGACGCAGCCCACUGACGGAGUCGCUGCUUCAGGCCCACAGAGGAGAAGUCUGAGACUGUCCAGAUGAAACACUGAAGCCAAACUGUCUGGCAAGGUUUUUAUUCUUUUAUACUGUAAUUUUCUUUUUUAAUAAAGUCAUUUCUACAAAAAA